AUGGCUCUAACCGAAGACGAAGCCGCUGUUUACGAUAGGCAGAUUCGUUUAUGGGGUGUAGAAGCUCAGAAACGAUUGCGAGAUGCUAAAAUGCUUCUAGUUGGCCUAGACGGAUUAGGAGCUGAAGUUUGUAAAAAUGUUGUUUUGACCGGUAUUAAGUCAUUAACACUUUUAGACGAUCAAUGUAGUUGUGAGGACGAUCGAAUGGUACAGUUUUUGAUACCCCCAGACUGUAUAGGCCAAAAUAGAGCUAUAGCCUCAUUACAACGUGCAAAAGAAUUGAAUCCAUUAGUAGAAAUUUCUGCUUGUACCGACAACGUCGAUACCUUGCCUGAUAGUUAUUUUCAGCAAUUUGACCUGGUCUGUAUGUGCGGCUAUACCAAAAACACAAUGGAUGUUGACUAUGUUGAGAUAAAGAAGGCAUUACAAGUGGAUUAUAAACUAUUUCGUCCAACCAGAUUGCGUAGAACUUCUAAAGUGUUCUUUCUAAUGAAAGUUAUAGAUGAAUUUUAUCAACGAAACAAGAGCUCUUCUACAGAUAGCCUUGCCGACGUUGAUAACUUGAAGCAUGUUCGAGAUGAACUGUUUGGAGACGACAGCGAAAAAUUGUUGCCAUUGUCCUAUUUACAAAAUUGCCAAGGUAAGCUUAAUCCCAUAUGUGCUAUUGUUGGCGGAAUCCUAGCCCAAGACGUUAUUAAGGCACUAUCAGCUAGAGAAGCACCUGUUAAUAAUUUUUUCUUUUACGAUGGAAAUAAAAGUGAAGGCGUUGUAGAUAAACUGUGCUUGUAA